GAAGCAGUACAGAAGUUAUUGGAGGACUUGCAUGUUUACCAUGAAAAUUACGUUUCAGUUCUGAGAUGUCUGCAUGUUUUCACAUCUUCUCUUCCCAAGUAUCCUUUGGGCAAGCAGAUCAGGGAGCUGCACUGUGCGUGUUUGGAAAACCGAGUGUGGGAGAUAGAGGAGUAUGAGUCAUCUCUUCAGCUAGCAAGGAUGUUGAAUAAGUCUGAUUUGGUAACCAUGCUUCAGCAAUGUGUGGAAAUUUUUGUGUCAUCUUCUGGAAAGGAGUUUGAUAAGACAGUAGAGAAGUUGAAGGAGUUCUUGACCCAGUUUCAGCAGCUAGAAGAAGCUUUCCAAGAGCAAGACGUGUCCGUAUCGUCACAAAAGGAGCUCCAGAAGAAGACAGACCUUUACCAUCUUCAGAAGACUUUGUUGGAGUUGAAGGAAUCAAGGCGGUCUAAGAAACUGACAAAGUUUGAAAUGCUUCGUUUUGAAGUUGUUGACUAUAUAGACAGUCUGGUAAGAAAAUACCUGGUUCCUGCAGACCACAAGACUCUGCAUGAGAUAAUGUAUUUCAAUAGAGCCAGUGUUCUCCGAGAGCACAUGAACGCUGCCCCAAGGAUUGCACUUCACACAGCUUUAAAUAACCCGUACUGCUACCUGAAGAAUCAAGCUUUGAAGAGUGAUGGAGGAGGCAUUUCUAAUAAAGCCCCUGACAUAUGUAUAGCAUAUAGGCUUCAUCUGGAGUGUGGCAGAUUGAUUAAUCUCGUCGAUUGGCUAGAGGCUUUCUCAACUGUGGUGACAGCCACUGAAGGACCAAAUGCAGAUGCAGCUUCCUCGGACCAGGUGGAUGAUAUUGUCCAUGCUCGUUUUAUCCGGGCUGUUUCUGAACUGGAACUCUUGGGCUUCAUAAAGCCCAGCAAGCAGAAAACCGACCAUGUGGCAAGAUUGACAUGGGGAGGCUGUUAAUGUGCUGCCAAGAUCUUAAUAAACCUGUUCUUUCUAACC